AUGGACACCGGACGAUCACCACCAUAUGUCCGAGCUUCGGCCGCGAGCAACGGCAGCCGGCCGCUAUUGCUGCUGCUACUAACCCUCGCGGCAUGGCCGUCGUCUGUUUGCGCCCGUGUACAACAGCCGUUCCAACCUGUUCAGACAGCCGCACCGGCGGCAGUACGAGCAGCAGUACCACCAGCCCACGCCGUUGCCUUCGCGAAGCGCCAGGAAUGCCUCACCAAUUUCUUCAGUUGCGCCGACCAGGGGGCUGUUUUCAAUGGUGUUUGCUGCCAAAAUGGCCAGCGGUGCGCUCUCGAUGAAGCGAAUAGCCCCGCCUGCUGUCCGUUCAACGCAGUAUGCACCGGCACCGCACCAGCAACCUUCGUCACACCCAACCCAGCAGACGCCACCACCGCCGUCUCCUUCGUGCCCAAUUCCUUCUUCUCCUUCCCCUACAUCGCCACCUCCUUCGCCAACCCAGGCCACUGUUCCGCCGCUGUCAGCCAGUGCAGCGCCAACUUUGCCGCUUGUACCGCGCAACUGGGCUCAGACAGCGGGAACGGCGGUGGAUAUGCCGUCACUGUGGUCGUCCCGGGAGGAGGGGGGACAACGGUAGCGCCCGCAAACGGUAUCAGUGUAGAUGCCGCUGCAGUCACGAGUAUUUGCAACAGUCUCUCCAUUGAAGCUUGCAGCGGUCUCCAGCCCAGUAUGUGCACCAGGUCCGGCACCGCCGCAGACGGGUUUUACUUCGGUACUGGCGGCGGCAACGCCGGUGCGAGACCGACACCCCCGCCGGCUGCCGUGGCCAUGGCAUGCGCCGGGUUGGCGGGUGCCGUUGCUGCAGGGGCUGCUGGCAUGGUGAUGCUCUGA